AUUUCCCACGGUACGUGAAGGAAGCGGAAGCUUCGUCCUUCUGCUUCCUGAGGGAACAGCGCUGUGGUUGAGACGAAGCUAAAAGUUAGCCAUGUCAAGUGCUGAGGAACCCUCCAGUGAAGCCCCAGAAGUUAAAGAGCAUAAAGAGUUUGAUGUAGAAGCCGAGGACCACUUCGGGGACAGUUAUGGAGCCGAACCGACCCGAUACAUAUUUUACAGAGACCGGAAGGAGUGGGCUGAUCUGGAGCCUGUUCCACAAGAUGAUGGACCAAAUCCUGUAGUGAAGAUUGCCUACUCUGAGAAGUUUGCCGAUGUUUAUGACUAUUUCCGUGCUCUCCUAAAGAAGGAUGAAAGGAGUGAGAGGGCUUUCGCUUUGACGGCAGACGCCAUCGAGCUAAAUGCAGCUAAUUACACAGUAUGGCACUACAGGCGAGUACUUCUUCAAGCUCUGUCAAAGGACCUGAGGGAGGAGAUGAAAUAUAUUACCAACAUCAUCGAGGACCAACCCAAGAACUACCAAGUCUGGCAUCACAGACGCAUGGUGGUGGAGUGGUUGAAUGACCCCUCAGAGGAACUUGAGUUUAUUGCAGAGAUUCUCAGCCAAGACGCGAAGAACUACCAUGCAUGGCAGCACAGGCAGUGGGUCAUCCAGGAAUACAAACUUUGGGACAAUGAGCUGGAGUUUGUGGAGAAUCUUCUCGCGGAAGACGUGCGGAAUAACUCUGCGUGGAACCAGAGGCAUUUUGUUAUUUCUCACACCACAGGCUUUUCUGAUCCAGCUGUUGUGCAGAGAGAGAUUCAGUAUUGUUUGAACCAGAUCAGGAAGGCCCCCCACAAUGAGAGCGCAUGGAAUUAUUUGAAAGGGAUGCUGCAAGACAGAGGCCUCUCAUCUCGGCCGGGUCUGCUGGAAAAGGUCCUGGAGCUGAAGGAGACGCACUGCUCGCCUUAUCUGCUCGCUUUUCUGUUCGAUUGCUAUGAAGACGCUUUAGAGUCUAUCUUCCAAAAGGAAAAUAUGGAACAGGAACAAAAGGAAACAUUAAAAAAGGCUUUAGAAAUCUGUGAGCUUCUGGCCCAGGAGAAGGACACCAUUCGUAAGGAGUACUGGCAGUUUUUGGGACGAUCGGUCAAGAACAAAUACAGAGGAAAUAGUCCUUCGAACGAUCCCGUGGCAGAGGAAGUCAAGCAGUCGGUUCCAGUGUCUGAAGCCCAGGAGAUCAGCUAGAGCUCCAGUGGACCUCCCUAUUUUCACUCCUCUUCAUGCUCAUCAACAUUAACAUGAGCAACCCACAGAGUUUGAAAUCUCUGUAAAUUGCUAAGAAUGUGCUGAAUAACUACGAACAUAAGGUCACUUAGAAGGAUGUACUCAGUAUGAAUAAUAAACUCCCUAUUCUUGCUUAUUUCAUCUGAAACCAUUUAAAUGCAUAGUUUUUUUUUAUAUGUCAAUACAAAUCUUAUGAUGUGUGUUAAAGGACACUUGCUUUUGUUUGCUUGCACAACAGCUUCUAAAUUAAAGCCUUGAGGGUUGAAAAUAUUUGAUCAGUGUGGCUGAAAAGGUAAACAAGACUUUAAUUUGACUGCUUGUUUGAAUGCAAACUCAUAUUUGACAAAAUCCAUGAAAAUCUUCGGAUUAUUAGUGAGUGUGGCUGGUAGGAUAAUUCAUGUACUUCUGUUUAAAAGUACUUUAAGCUCUAAUACUGACGAUUGUUAGCAGGACUUGUUCUUUCUGUAACAAUAAAGCAGCUGAGAGAUAAAGCA